AUGGAUCUGAUUAAUGGCAGCUGGAAGUCGGAGCUGGAGCAACGAGUCUCCCAGCUGGAGUCGCUGCUUGCUUCGAGCGGAAGCCAGACGGCUGGUGCUUCUCCAACGGCUGCUCCAGCCUCGUUCACCGUCAUGCAACAGACCAUUCCUCUGAAUUUCACUCAGCCAUCUCAACAGAACUCAAACUCAUCUGACAGGCAAAAGUUCGAGGUCGCCUUGAACUUCACUUGUAGUCUCGGUGCUUUCCCAGCGGCCUCCAUGACCGAUGUCAAGCGCGCGAUCACGCCGAGCGCCUCCAAUUCUGCAGACCUGGUCUCGCAAGGCACAUUGUCAAUGUCCACAGCACAAGAGCUAUUUGACUACUAUCGCUCCAGUCUAGACCGAUACAUAUACCGUAUCCUACCCGAGCACGACACACUCUGUGCCGUGCGCACACGCUCCCCACUUCUAGUCGCAGCCAUCUGUGCUACUGCGGCCUUCUGUCAGGGCUUGCCAGAGAGCGAGGCUUGCCUGAAAGCACUCACCGACUGUGUAUCCAGAAAGCUCUUUGCCAAAGACCACACCUUCGACGACAUUCGUGCCCUCUGUAUCGGUGCCUUCUGGCUGAACGACGUCUCAUAUGCCCUCUGCUCGCUUGCUGUGCGCAUGGCAUCAGAAGUCAAUCUCCAUCGCUGCAUCACCAAGAUGCCGCACACAGACCCCAAAUGCUACGAGCGCACUCGCCUUUACUUCUUGGUCUUCAUCUGCGAUCAUCACUGCUCGCUACGUCACGGUCGGCCCCCCAUGACACGAACGCUGCGCUCUCUGAAGAACCCGCGGGCACUGCUACAGAGCCAAUACGCCGUAUCACUCGAUGUGCAGCUCCUCGCUGAAGUCGAGCUCUGGACACUAAGUGGUAAAGUCUUCAACAACUUUGGCGCUGAUAUAGGCACUCCCUUCGACGCCAGCAGAACGGUUGAGCUGGAGCGCUUCGGCGGCUAUUUUGACAAGUGGCACGACGAGUGGACGCAAUUGCUGUCUCUGCGCGGCGAGCUUGAUGCAGUCACGGAUGGUCUCUGGGAUCUGCACCUCAACGCCGCAAAACUAUGCCUGUACUCCCACGUCUUCAGAGGCUCGACUGGCUGGACUGCUAACUCCAACUCGUCGCCGGACACUUCAAGCACGAUGAGCACCAGCGGCCCAGCUACACAAGCCACGGAUGCCGCGCUGGGUUAUCUCCACAGCUUGACAUCGUGGCGUGACCCCCAAUGUCUCCCAUCGUACUUCAGCACCAUGGCAGCAUUCGCGUCUGUCUUCCUUCUCCGGGCUUGCUCCCGCGGCACGGCCACCGAACAACCAGCUCAGCCCAACUUGACCCUGGACAAAAUACUCAGUACCCUUCACUCGCUGUCCAAAAGCCUGCACCAAACAUUGGACAUAUCCCACGCCACCCACCCUCUACUCGCCGUCGCCAACGGCCUCGAUGUCGCGGUCGGCGGGCGCCUGCCCACCUCCCAAGCACCAGCACCUGUCCCCGCCACAUCAUCCGACCAAGCCCAAAGCAGCAGUCACCGCAAGAUAUACGCACCCCUGGUGCCCGCCCCCAGCCUCGAUGUCGCGCCCAAUCUCGACUCUGACCUGACCGCGCUGGGCGACCAGCUUCUCGGCUCAAACUUCCCGCUCGAUAUGGACAUGGGCUGGAUGACCUUGCCCAUGGCGCACGACAUGGGAGCCGCCGCGGCGGGAGAGCGAGGGGCAGGGUGCUCCGACGGGAUAUGUCCCGAAUUCGACGCAAUGGGUUGUGGCUUGUGGGACGUUGGUGCUGCGGUGGGUUGA